AUGACUUGCACAAAUCUCAGACAGUCGAUCGAACGUACCGCCAGACAAUUCUUUGCCGCACAUGUCGAAAGUGGUGAAAAGAAUGACCCAAGCAUCAUCAACCGCGACGUCGACGAGAACUGCAAGCGUUACUAUCGCCCUCUAUCAUUGUGCGAUUUCUUUGGAGUUCCCGGUGACUGGUCCCAUGACAACAAGGCUUAUGAGGGCGGAAUCACCAAUAACCUUUCCAAGGGAUCCUUGAAGACGUGUGAUGUGUCAAACUUGACCAUCGAUGUCGACAUCCGCCAAGCAGCAGCCACAACUAAAUCUGAUAUGGUCUUCAAAGAUGGCGAGACUCUUGUUAUGGAGCAUGCUUGGACUUUGGACUUUAACGAGGACGGAACGAAAAUUGUCCGGGUUGUCGAGUUUUGUGACCAGUUGGCUACGCGAAAGAUGGUGACCUGA